CAGAUCGUUGGGAUUCAACGGAGUGUGUCAGCCUGCUCGGCGACCUCAACGUCUAUUGACCUUUUGCUCGAUCACGCAGCACGAGGAGUCGCUUCCGAUCGAAACCCAUGGGAAAAAAGCGACGAGCCCUGCUAGGAAAGCUAUUCUAAUCGUGACACUUUAUCAAAAAUAUUCCAUAUUAUUUAACACUAACGAAGCGAAGCACGAAGCAGUGAUCGUUUUCAGCUGGUUUUAAACAGAAUAUAGAAGAUCGAAGAAAAUAACAAACACUUUGUGCAAGAUACAAAGGAGAACACGAGAGAAAGAGGAGAAGAACUGGCGAGAGUAAAUGACGAAACGCUGGCGGAAAGGUGUAGUUAUUACGUUAGUGAUGUAUUAGAACGCCUCUGACGGAGUGAGAAAGAGGAAGAAGAAGGCAUGGAGAACGCGGCGAUUGCGCUCGACUCGACGGUGAGGAGUCAGGAUUCGAGCAAUUCGAAGGACUCGAAGGGAUCGAAAGACUCGAGCGCGUCCGGCUCGAAGCCAGAGAGCUGCCUGGAGUCGAAACACUCGAAGGAGAUCCUCAUCUCGGAGAAACAGCAACGACAGCAGCAGCCACGAACGCAGCAACAUCCGGAUGAUCAACAGAAACUGAAGAGUACCGAGUCGAAGGAUGAGUCGAACCUCCUGAUGUUCACUUCCUGCGGGCAACUGCUCCUUGGUGUAGUGCUGGUAGUGUUCGGUAUCCUGGUGCUGGUCCACGGAGCGGCUUUAGGCGGUUCCGGUGCAGGAUUGUGGGCAGGUGUGGGUGCCCUUGCGGCAGGAGCGUUGGGCGUAGUGGCGACGCUUGCAACAUCGUCGAGCAAGACGAAUUCCAGCUUUUCCACGGCUCACCUUGCAGCCAGCCUCGUUGCCCUUGCCCUUUCGAAUAUGGCCGCGAUCACGGCCUUGACUGCUAUCGUCAGGGACUCGCAGAGGACACCGGAAGUGACCUUGCUCACUGUUCCGGGCAAUGAGGACAACGAGGAAACCGAGAUGGAGGGUAGCUGGGCCAGCCUGUUGGCAAGUGUCGGUCUUCUAGUGACCAGCGUGGCCGAGCUGUUGGUCUCUGGCUACAACUGCCUGACCUUGACCCCGAAGCUCUGCAGAUGUCUUCGAGCGAACAACAUCGACGACGUAACGAACGACGGCCGAUUGAAGACCCGCAACAUGGUCCAUCAGUGGGUGACCGCGCAGAACCACGUGCCGCCGAAAAGUCAACCGAUCUACGUGGUGCAGCCGAUGCUGCCGAUGCAUCCGAUGAUCCAGUCACCUUAUGCAAUGGCUGGCGCUCCUGCGAAAUUUCCUGGAGGAUUCGUGCCUGCUGGAGCUUUGCCAAUAGCCCCAGCUUAUGGUGCUGUUCCUAUGCUGCCACACAUGCCGUAUGCGGCUCGUCCCCCAUCGCAAAUCAUCCGGCCGAAACAUAAGCGUCACAUGACCGUGGACCAUGAAGACACCAUGGAGAGGAAGAAACAAAACGGAGAAAGGAAAACCGAGUCCCCGAAGAGGAUGUCAUCUAUAGGAGAAGAUCAGGUAGAUCUAGCUCAAACAUAUACGGGAUUAGACAAAAAGAUUUCGGAGGAGUUCAUUUCGAUCGCCAUGGAUCCGGAAAGGAAGUCGAAAGCCUCCAGCAGUCAUGGUAGUGAAAUCGGUACUGCGAAAACUUCUUGAAAACAUGGUAUCUGCAUUGUUCAAGUUUUGUAUCGUAUAUAUAAAAUAUUCUCCUACAUUUUUACACACGUAAAUGUGCGUAAUUAAUGUUAAAAAAAAAAGGAAAAGAAAAAAGAGAGAAAGUUGUUUGUCAUCAUUUCGAUCAUCGACGCUUCGAAGAUUUAUUUAACGUAAAAUUAAUUGAUUAUGAUUAUAAUUAUAUACAAAUCGUUUGAAGACUUUCCUCCGAGGCUUUAGAAUUUUGUUGCGCGAGUUUACAAUAUUAUCCUGAAAUUUUUAUUAAUUGUUAUUGUAGAUAUUAAUUAUUGAUCUUUGAUUAAUUAUUCUUUGAACUAUUUUAAUGAAAUCUGUUUAGAACAGGUACACGUUGCUGUGCUUUUAAUUGUAUAAACAUGAUUAAUAGGUAAGAUUUAAAAUAUUGGUAGAUUUAUUUAUUUUUUAGAUACAUUUUAUACCAGCUGUUGUUUAUUGUGUGUAUAUUAUUCAUUGCAUGUAGCAAUAUGUACUUGAAGAAGAGACUCAGGCUUUUAAAAAGCGUAACAACACAUAGCUUUGUAUAUUUAUUAUACAAUAUAAUUCCAAAGGUAAACUAUAAUUACAUUUCAGUUUAUAUAAGAUAUAAAAUUCUUUUUACAGAGGACGCGUUGAAAAGUAACAUUGGAAAAUGAACAAGGAAAGUUUUAUACUGCCAAAGUUGUUUAAUUUUUUAAUAUAUCUUAAAACAUAAUAUAUAAUUAUAAAUAUACGUAUAUGAUACUUCUAAUAAGUUUCUAAAAAUGUUCUUACAAUUUUUAUACUUUUCUAGAAUUGUAACAUAUCCUAAAAAAUAGUGACAAUUAUAACAGUCUAAUAAAUAGCAUGAAUUAACUUAAAAAAAGUAUAAAAUUGAAAUAAACUAGUAGAAAAAGUAUAAAAAUUGAAAUAAUACAGACAUUGCAUUUCUAAAACAUAUUUAGUUUAAAAUAACGACCAAUAUAAAAUAUCUGAAGUUAGUUUUCAGAAUUGCAAAAAAUUGAAAUACGUUGAAAUGUUUAAUAUAAUCUUUGGAAUAUGCAAUUAUGCCGUAUAGAAUAAACUAAACUUCUAAAAUAUCUGAUAUUAUAAAAUAGAUAUUUAAAAUAUACAUACGCUAUUAAUUACAUAUGUAUAAGUAAUGUAACAGAACUUUAACGCUAUUCGAGUCGUUUGUAAUUACUGCUUUCUUUUUUAAUAAUUUAGCCCAUCAAAUGAUACACGUAAUGCCGAUUUAAUAUCGCCAUUUCAUUGUACAGUCAUAACAUUACUACUCGAAAAUUUAUUCGACGCAAACUUUAUCGUGUAUAUAUAAUAUAUAACAUGUACUGUUAUAAAUAAAUAAAUUUAAAAAAUAAAAUUUCUUACGUAGCGUUAAUUAUCAUUAAUAAAUAAAAGGCAUGAAAUACAACACACUCCUCUUCAAAUACUGAAUAUUUUAUUAAUGGAUUAUAAGUACCUUAUAUGCGAGUAUUAUUUACAUGUUCACUACUAACUACUUAAAAUUAAUCACAUAUGGCAUAUAUUGCGCGUCAUAUAAUUAGCAUAUACAUGUGUACGUUGUAUACGAAAUAUAAAAAUAUCUUACAUUCUUUUAAUAGGAAUAGUUUUUGCUCACUAUUAUUACUAUUAUUCAUUGUUAUCGCUAUUAUUUCUAUAACAAAAUAUAUAAAAAUACAUGUGUAAAACCAUCACAAUCAUUGGAAUAUAUUUAAUUCAUGAAUAUAUCAAUACCAUGAUAAGUUUAUUGUGACUAAUAUAUAACAUAAUGUUUAAUGUAACAAGUUUCUUUAAACUCACAAUUGGGCGAGUAAAAUUAGAUUACCAACAUUCUUUAUUUCGUUUCUUUUCUUUCUUAUAUAUAAAAUACAGAGAAUUUUUUUAAAAUAAUUUUCGUUUUAUAUUAAACAUGUAAAAAAGGACGAUAGAUUAUGAUUUGUACAUCCAGUUGUCUUCAAUGAGCAUAAAAUAUGGAUUAGCAGAUAUUAUUAUUAUUUUUAUUAUUAU